UCACCGUCAGCUGUCCCUCAGAUUAAAGAUGGCGCCCUCUCAUGCACUAAAGUGCUGCACACGGGCUCUGAACUGGGUACCUGUUCUGUUUAUAAACCUGGUUGUCGGUUGGUCUUAUUACGCUUACGUCGUGGAGCUCUGUGUGUAUACAAUCCCAAAUAAUGCAGAACGAAUCAGCUAUUUGGUCAUCUUUCACAUUUUCCUUGCCAUGUUUAUAUGGUCCUACUGGAAAACUAUCUGGUCCAGACCAGCCAGCCCCUCAAAAGCGUUUGCUCUGCCCAGAGCAGAGAAGGAACUGUAUGAGAGAGAGGAGCGAGCCGAGAUGCAACAAGAGAUUCUGAAGAAAGUGGCAAGGAAUUUACCCGUGUACACGCGCACAGCCGGAGGAGCUAUUCGAUACUGCGACCACUGCCAGGUUAUCAAACCUGACCGCUGCCAUCACUGCUCAACCUGUGAGAUGUGUGUGCUGAAAAUGGACCAUCACUGCCCCUGGGUUAAUAACUGUGUUGGAUUCUCAAACUACAAGUUCUUUGUGUUGUUCUUAGCCUACGCCUCACUCUACUGUGUGGUAAUUUGUGCUACAGUCAUCCAGUAUUUCAUCAAAUUCUGGACCAAACAGCUGCCUGACACGCAUGCCAAAUUCCACAUCUUGUUUCUGUUUUUCGUGGCUGCUCUUUUCUUUAUCAGCAUCCUGUCCCUUCUCAGCUACCAUCUGUGGCUUGUGGUAAAGAACAGGACCACUAUAGAAGCUUUUAGGGGUCCUGUCUUUGCAAACGGUCCAGACAAAAACGGGUUUUCUCUGGGUUUUAGCCGGAAUGCAGCUGAGGUGUUUGGAGAUCAAGGAAAGUACUGGCUAUUUCCGGUUUUCUCAAGUCUGGGAGAUGGACAUUCCUUUGUUACCAGAUUGGUACACAUAGACCCUGAGCAAGCAAACAGUGUCCUCCAGCAAAAUGGCAAAAGCCCUGCUGAUGGGGAGGCCAACACUUGUGUACUCGGUAACAAUACACAACGCACAGCAGACCAAAGUGGUUAGUUACGGAGGCCAGACAGUCGCGGUGAGAAUGGAGAGUGAGCCAUAGCAGGUUUCAGGUACGUCAGUAAAUCAUGAUGCCUUAAGCCAGGAGCAUCAGCACCUCUGGAGCCAUCCUCCACCAUCAUUUUGAGUUGACAGUGCAGCCUCAAGCCACAUGUUUUGUGUGUACAUUAUAUGGACCAUCCUUCAUCCAGCGGGCUUUAAACCAGCAUCCCAACAAUACUGUUAUCAUGUAAAAGGGAACUGUACAGCGAGCACUUAGACUGCACCGGUCUGAAGCAGAGGUGAUUCACAGGUUUUGUCUUUGUUUUGAGCCAAAGACAUUCAGAUCAGUUAUUAUUGCAUCUGAAAAACCCUGGGACUUCUUUUUCCAUUUUGAGCCAAUGCAUGUCUACAUAUCUGUGUUCAUAUACACGGAUUAAUCACGUUGUACAUUCCGACUAGAGAAUCCUCCUUUUGUCAGUAUUAAUCAAGCAUUAAUAA